AGAACCUAUUUUCGAACGAUACUUAAUGCCGAUUGUCGCAAUCGAAAAUUUAAUUUGAUCUAGUUAUUUCCUUAUUUUUCGACAGAUGAAUAACAUAUUCAAGUAAAUUUUUAAAGUAUUAGAAUCAAAAUGGCAGGGAACUUUUGGCGCAGUUCGCAUUGUCAACAAUGGCUUCUCGAUAAGCAAGAUCUAAUGAGAGAGAGAAAUAACGAUCUAAAAUUAAUAUGUGAGGAGGAUUAUCAGAAAGUUAUGAUUUUCUUUGCAAAUUUUAUACAAGGUUUAGGAGAGGCUAUGAAAGUUCGACAACAAGUAGUCGCAACAGCAACAGUUUUCUUUAGAAGAUUUUAUGCUAAAAAUUCUUUAAAGAGCAUAGAUCCUCUCCUUAUGUGUCCCACUGCCCUAUACUUAGCAGCUAAAGUCGAUGAAUUUGGUGUUCUUUCAAAUAGUAGAUUAAUACAAGCAUGCCAAGUAUUAGUCAAAAACAAAUUCUGUUACGCAUUCAAUCAACCAACUGAAUUCUCUUAUAGGAUAAAUCAUGUCUGGGAAUGUGAGUUCUAUUUAUUAGAAUUGAUGGAUUGCUGUCUAAUUGUCUUUCAUCCAUACCGACCAUUGCAACAAUAUGUUACUGAUUUAUGUAGUUCGACUGAUGAUGCUCAACUUUUACAAGUAGCUUGGCGAAUUAUUAAUGACACUUAUAGAACUGAUAUUCCUUUAUUAUAUCCACCCUAUAUGAUUGCAUUGUCUGCUCUACAUAUGGCUUGCGUAAUCAAUCAAAAGGAAGCGGCUAAAAACUGGUUCGCUGAAUUAGCUAUUGAUAUGGAAAAAAUCAUGGAAAUUAGCAAACAAAUAAUAAGCCUAUAUGAAUUAUGGAAAAAUUAUGAUGAAACCAAAGAAAUUAAGGCUAUUUUACAAAGUUUACCAAAACCAGUUGUUUCUAGACCGCCUUCCCAAGGUCCAAAUGACGGUAUUCAGAAUAAUGACCCACAUGUCUCUCAAGCAUAA